AUCACAAUCAUGAUGGAACGAUGUACCUGCAUGGCACGAUACAUGCCCAUUGGUCAGGCAGAUCAAAUGGCUUCGUGGUAAAUUUACCACCUAUAUGUCUACUCAUGCCCACUCCGGUGUUUUCUCCAGCACUUCCUGCCAGCUUAAGAGCUAGAUAUGAUGUAAUCUUUGCUGGUGGCGGGACUGCAGCAUGUGUCACAGCAGGGAGACUUGCAGCUGCUGAUCCCAAUCUGCAAAUCCUAAUUCUGGAGAGUGGCCCUUCAACAAAGGAUAAGGCGGAACAUAUUCAGCCUGGGCAGGCCAUCACACAUCUUGCACCCACUAGCCAGACUAUGCAAUUCUACAAAUCCCGGCCCUCACAGAGCUUGGCCGGAAGAUCAGUUAUUGUUCCUUCAGCUCAAUGUGUUGGUGGGGGGUCGUCUAUCAAUUUCGCACUCUACAACCGCCCUGCAGCAUCAGAUCUAGAUGCUUGGGGCCAACUUGGGAACCCAGGAUGGUAUUCGACAGAUCUUAUUCCCUUAUUCCAGAAGGCCGAAACAUAUGAAAUCGACCUGAACAAACCCACUCAUGGUAGUAAUGGACCACUCAAGGUCUCCUUUGGUGGACCCGGAGCAUUGAUGGACAUUGGCAAACAAUUCUUGGAUGUUGGCCCAAAGUUUGAGCAAUCCCGACCUCUUAGCAAUGAAGGGAAUGGGUUCAAUGAAGAGUCUAUCAAUGUAUUUUAUAAUAUGCCGAAGUGGAUAUCACAAAGUGGCCGUCGCUCAGAUGUAGCACAUCAUUAUGUAUACAAUAAAGGACUCGACAAUCUGACAAUCCUUGACAACUGUCUCGUGAAGCGUAUCAUUAUCAAUAACACUGGUCGGGCUACAGGGGUGGAAUACAUAUUCAACAAAAGUGUACACCCAUCAUCAACCGAUGAUAUUCUCACUGUGCAAGCUGCUAGAUUGGUUGUUAUUGCUGCUGGAGCAAUGGGAUCGCCAUUGAUACUAGAACGUUCUGGAAUUGGUAGUAAAGAUGUUCUGGAAAAGGCAAACAUUCCUAUUAUCCAUGAGCUCCCUGGUGUUGGAGCAGAUUACCAAGAUCAUCCAUUCUAUGUGACACCAUAUAUUGUAGAUCCUAACACAGAUACCUAUGAUCCUCUCUACCGCCGGGAUACAGAACUUUGGCCAAAAUUAGUAGCACAGUGGGAGAGAGAUGGAAGUGGGCGCAUGAGUGGAAAUGGCGUCGACGGUGUUAUCAAGAUGCGACCACUGCCUGAAGAGCUUGAGGAAUUGGGACCUGAAUUUACAGAACACUUCAGAACGGCUUAUGCAAACAAUCCUGACAAGCCACUCUUUUGGUUAUGUGCAUCUGCUGGACUUGGGGGUGAUCAAAGUCAACUACCUCAUUUAAAUUAUUCAUGUCUUUGUAUUGUCCUGGGGUAUCCGGAGUCUAAAGGAAGCCUCCAUAUAACUUCAGAAGACCCUUAUGCACCUCCUAACUUUGACUCAGGCUUCCUCACCAAGUUUGUUGAUGUUGCCGCAUUGCGAUGGGGUUACAAAAAAGGGCGCGAACUUGUUCGACGAUUGCCUGUGCAUGUGGGGGCUCUCACUCCUGCUCACCCCCAAUUUUCCCCAGAUAGUUUGGCGACGCUCACAGAUGUGGGCCCCGUGGCUAUAGAUGCACCUAAGAUUGUUUAUUCCAAGGAAGAUGAUGCAGCCAUUGAUCAGAAUAUCAGACAAUUCGUUCAAACAAGCUGGCACUCUCUGGGUACAUGUCCCAUGAAACCAUUGGCAAUGGGUGGUGUUGUUGACAGCAAUCUCAAUGUUUACGGGAUCCAAGGACUAAAAAUUGCGGACCUUUCCAUCGCACCAUCUAAUGUUAAUUCGAACACAAACUCUGUUGCAGUUGUGAUUGGAGAGAAGGCGGCAGUUAUUAUAGCAGAAGAACUGGGAAUCAAAGGCGUUUAAUUAAAUGGGAAGUGAUCAUGGUUAGAUGUUUUCCCCAAAUAAUACACAAGAUCGGAUUGUGAUAGACCCUAUUAAGAUUAAGUGAUCUAUGUGUUGGUCUAUGUGAUUUGC